AAUUAUGUAGUAGGUGGUACCUUAGCGUCAACUGUUCAGUUACAUCCAUAAAUUGUGAUUUAUUUCGAUGAUUCCUGAAGAAAGUAAUUUAUGGGGCUCAAGAAUAGUGUUCAUAACAGUCCUCAUUUGUCACUUAAUAGGAAUAUCUAACAUCAGUAGCAUACCGAACGAUGCUCUCAAACAAGGCACUACGGGAUAUACUUUAUUCCUUAUACUUAUUUAUAUACUAAUGGGUAUACCAUUACUCUACAUGGAAGCCGUAGUUGGAUAGUUUACGAAAAGAGACUGCAUAGCAGUUUGGAAAAUUCGCCCUUGCUUCUCAUACAUGGGCUAUGUGCUUGUCAUAUGGCAAGGGAUAGUCCUAAUUUACAAUCAAAUCGUGACAUCGUUUUUCUUACAUUAUUUCUUAGUUAGCUUUGAAAAUCCGAUACCAUUUUACACUUGUGGUUCUUGGCGAACGAGGUUUUGCAACAGUCUAGCCACGAAUUAUACGGUCAAUCAGGACUGCAUAAAAUACCAAAACCAAUUUCCUUAUUGUGACAAUCUGUAUAAGACGUUUCCCGAAUAUAAGUACUGGAGGUACUAUUUACUACAAGCAAGAGGAAACAGCCAAUUCCUCGUGGCCUGGAAAGUUUGUAUCGCUUCAGCGCUGAUCUGUUUUAUUCUAUACCUCAGUAGUUUCAAGAGAUCGAAGACCAUGCGAUGGAUUACCGCCAUAUUCACAACUUAUUCGACAUUGGCUCUCGUGAUUAUAAUGAUGGGAUCCAUGAGACAAAAAGGUGUGGUGGUCAAGUACGAGGAAUCUUUAGAUUUAGAUUUUAGUACAUUCCUACAGAAAUUUAGAUUCUCGCAUCUUAUACAACAAAUUGUGUAUAAUUUAAACAUAGGAUCUGGUACGAUGUUCACUCUAGCGUCCACUUUGCCGUUUAGAUCGCCUUGCUUUUCAGACAUCGUAAUAUCUGUAGUUUUUUGUACUUUGUUUACUGUGAUGUUUGUGUUCACUACAGCGAUGAUGGCCUGUCCUUACGCGUACGAGUAUGGAAUAAAACCAGGGGCCAUCAUGAGAACACCGAUAACUUUUAACUUUGAAAAAAUGCCAAGAUUAAUGUACCAAUACCAACAUAGAACCUUUUAUUUAAUAGUUAUUUUCAGUUGUGAAGUAGUGCUGGGAAUGAAUACGUCGGUGACAUAUUUAUUUAAUUUGCUAGAAGUAGUAUUUAAAAGGUAUCCUAAAUUAGCAAACUAUCCAGGUUUAACUGCAUUCUGUGCUACCCUAAUAUUAUUUUGCACAACGAUACCAUUUUUAAGCUACUUCGGGGUUAAUAUGAUUGGUCUAAGUUUUCGACGUUGCGUAGUUCUGCUAUCGACAUUCAUUGGCCUACUGGAGGGAUUAGUAUUUAUAAUUUGGUACGGUGUAAACAAAUUCUCUGAAGAUAUUCAUUUUAUGUUGGGCAUACAACCAAAAAAUUUUAUGAAAACGACUUGGAUUUUGUCAAUUAUUUUAUUGGCUUAUGCAUUUUGCAAUGAAUUGUACAGUCAGUUUAUUAAUCAAACUGGUUAUAUUUACGCGACAUAUUCACUUAUAGCGAUUUUGAGUUUUGCAGCAGCAUUUUUUGUGACUAGAUUAUUAAUAGCUGCUUGUAGGAAAAAAAUUCGUAAGUUUAUUUCGUUAGAUCCGACAUGGGGCCCAAGGAGUGACGUAUUGCAACGAAGUCGAGCCAUGUUUUCAGCACAAGCUAUGACUAAGGAAUACAUAUACCGUCAAUAUCAUCUCCAAGCUGGAAUUAUGGCUCGACAGAAAAGAGCUAACAGGAGAGUUUGAUAUCUAUACCAACUCAUAAAGAUAUUGUUACAAGUUA